UGUCAGUGUCUCGGGUGGCGAAGAUGAAGUCGAGACUGCUCUUGCUGAAGACGUCGGCGCCGGUGCAUCAUCCGAGGCCAUCGAAGAUGAAGACGCGGGGGAUAGCGCCAAUGAACCAAACGUUCCCAAUAAGCCCUUUGAUCCUCUAGCCUAUCGUCAGGCCUUGGCACAAGCCCGCAAGGAUGGGCCAUCGGCUCGCGACCUGAUGCGCGAGGCGGCCCUCCGCAAGCGCGCACGCCAGUUUCAUGAGAGCGCUGUCACCGUCAAUCGAUUGCCUGAGAUUGUAGAGUCUCGCGCUGACCUGCCCAUCAUGAAAGAGGAAUACCGGAUCCUCGAGGCUCUGGACGAGAGCGACGUGGUCGUCAUUUGCGGUGAAACGGGCUCGGGAAAAACCACUCAGGUGCCCCAAUUUCUCUAUGAAGCCGGCUAUUGCACAGGCGAGCAUGAAGGCCAAUCUCAGCAAAUUGCCGUCACCGAACCGCGCCGAAUCGCCGCCAUGAGCGUGUCCCAGCGAGUUGCACACGAGCUCAAUCUCUCUGACAAAGAAGUUUCUUAUCAAAUCCGUUAUGAGAGUACAGCCACUCGAAUGACCAAGAUCAAGUUCAUGACCGAUGGUGUUUUGCAAAAGGAAAUUGAAUCAGACUUUGCUCUGCGUCGUUACACCGCAGUUGUCAUUGAUGAGGCGCACGAACGCAGCAUGCACACGGACGUUUUGAUUGGUUUGCUAUCUCGAAACAAUGUGCCUGAAAGUCGCCGUACUCCACCGCUGAAGCUUAUUAUCAUGUCUGCUACGCUUCGCGUUGAGGAUUUUGUCAAGAAUCAGCGAUUGUUUCCCACCAUGACGCUCCCCGUUAUUCAUGUUGAUGCACGACAAUAUCCCGUGACCGUACAUUUUGCCAAGCACACGCUUGUCGACAGCGAUCCCACAGCUGCUGUCGUCAAGAAGGUUUCACAAGUACAUCGCCGUCUCCCUGCCGGAGGCAUUCUUGUCUUCAUGACAGGCCAAUCGGAGAUCUUGGACGUUUGCCGACGACUGCGAGAAGCGUUUCCAUCGCGCUCGACACCCGCAAAGGUUGCCUCGCCCAAAGUUGAGGCAGAGACUGUAGAGGUGAAAGAUGUUGAUACCGAGGUUGAAUUCUCGGGCGCUCUGCCCGGUGACGAGGAUGCGUCCGAAGGCGAGGAAGAGGACAUGGACGAGGAUGAGAGCGUCGGUCGCGAAAGGUCUCAUGACGGUGCCAAGCCCGGGGCUUUCUCUGUCACCGAAGGCGCUGCUGAACCCCUUUAUGUUCUCCCGCUCUAUGCCGCUCUUCCUGCAAAGAUGCAAGCCAAGGUGUUUGCGCCACCCCCGCCGGGCCAUCGCCUGUGCGUGGUCGCGACAAACGUCGCCGAAACGUCGCUGACCAUCCCUAACAUGCGCUACGUGGUUGACACGGGCCUGGUCAAGGAUCUUCUGUUUGACGAAUACACGGGCGUACAGCGCUUCGACGUCUCCUGGACGUCGCAGGCCUCUGCAGCCCAGCGAGCUGGACGCGCCGGUCGUGUUGGCCCCGGCCACUGUUAUCGCCUCUAUUCAUCAGCCGUUUUUCAGCACGACUUUCAAAAGUUUAGCGAGCCGGAAAUUUGCAAGCUGCCUGCCGAUGGCUUGGUGCUUCAAAUGAAGGCCAUGGGCAUUGAGAAGGUCGUUAACUUUCCCUUCCCGACACCUCCUGCUCAAAUUGCACUUCAGCGUGCCGAGAAGCUGCUUCGCCAACUGAAUGCUCUUCAAGAUGAUGGCAAGAUUACCACACUGGGGAAAGCCAUGGCUCAAUUGCCUGUGGCCCCGCGCUUUGCCAAAAUGCUCACGUUGGCUCGGCAUUAUAAAUGCUUUGAUUACAUUGCUGCUGUUGUCGCCUGCUUGACUGUCAAAGUGCGCAUGGUGGAGCUCUUCCUGCCCGCUGCACACGCAAGCACAUCUGUUUUCCACUCACGGGCGCUUGGCGGUGGUGCUGAUGCCGCAACGUUGCUCGCGGCGGUGGGGGCCUGUGACUUUGGUGCGUGCUCGCAGUUUUCAUUUUGCGAGAAAAUGCUGUUGCGCCACAAAGCCAUCGUUGAAAUCAACAAGCUGCGUGAGCAGCUGGAUCGUCAAGGUGAGUUGCUCGACACACAAGCCGAGCAGGCCGAAGACACAAAGACGCGUAGCCUGCCACCAUUGCAGCCCCCGACCGCAGCUCAGCUGGAAACGGUUCGCCAGAUCAUCUUGGCUGCUUUUCCAGAUCACGUCGCUCGUCUUGACGCCGACGCUAGUCGUGCUGAUGAUCCCAUGAAGCCAUACAUUUGCACCAAGGUGCCAGAACCGGUGUACAUUGAACGUCAAUCUUCAAUGCGCGACUCAAACCCAGAGUUUAUCGUGUUCAUGUCCUUGCGCCAAGGCACCAAGCGCACAUACAUGCAAGGCUGUGCCAUGAUUGAUCGAGCCUGGUUGGCUCGGCUUGCUCCGCAGAGUUGCGAUUUUGGCAAGCCUUUGCCUCAGCCAGAGCCACAUUAUGAUGCCGAGCGCGACGAUGUUCGAUGCUUCCAGAGGGGUACCUUUGGUCCACACCGCUGGCCUUUGCCUCCAACAGAUGUCUCCUACCCCAGUUCCCCAGAACGUUUCAAGUUGUUUGCGCGCGCUCUCUUGGCCGGCGAAGUCUUGCCGGAACUGAAAGCACUGACGCCUUAUCUGCGCAACAAACCAGACAUUCUGCUCAAGCCUUGGUCCAAGGAACGCAUUGUCGCUUUGUUGCAGCCUCUGAUUGAUCACGAUGUCGACUCGCGAAGGAAGCUUCUGGCACGCCUGAAACAGGACAGUCACUUUCUGCUCAAGCCGUUGGCCCUUUGGCUUCCAGCGGAGCAACACUCGACUCUCACUGCGACCUGGAGUGCCAUUGCAAUGGGUGCUGCCCAGUAGUGCUUGCAUUGUUCAGCAUCGAAACGCGGUUGUGCGGACUGUUGCCAGACAAGCUGCUGUAGUUUUAUCAAAUUGACAUGCAAGAGCU